AUGCAUGCAACUCUGAAACUCGCCUUGACGGCAGGCCUUGCGGCCUUGACCUCAGCAAACCCUAUUCAGGAGCGACAGAGCGAUGGCGAUGUUGUGGGCUCGCUCACUGGGACCUUGGGCCUGAACACUGCACUGGGAGCGCUUGGUGGAACGUUGGGCCAGAACCAGACAUUCGACUACGUGGUGGUCGGGGCCGGAACUGCUGGACUCCCUCUUGCCUAUCGUCUCUCAGAGGAUCCAAAAGUCACAGUAGCGCUCAUAGAGGCUGGUGAUUUUUACGAGCUGGAGAAUCCUCUUUUUUCCUCGACACCGGCAGGUGAUGUCGUCUUCUGCGGAUCUAGUCCUCUUGACAACAACCCGAUCGUCGACUGGAACUUUAUCACUCAGCCACAAACCGGUGCGUCUAACCGACGAGUCCACUAUGCCCGUGGGCGCUGCCUUGGUGGCACCAGCGCUCGUAACUUCAUGAUCUACCAGCGAGGUACUCGCGGAUCGUACCAGAAGUGGGCGAACGAUAUUGGUGACCAGAGCUACACCUUCGACAACUUGCUUCCKUACUUCAAGAAGAGCAUGCACUUCACGGCCCCUGGCCCCAAGCGCGCCGCAAACGCCACCGCAGACUACAACYCCGGCAGCUACAGUGCAACCGGAGGUCCAGGACAAGUCAGCUAUGCCAACUUCGCCCAGCCCUUUUCAAGCUAUAUGGAGGCUGGCUUGAACGCUAUCGGACUUCCCAAGCAAGCCGGCUUUGAAGACGGUGUCCUUGAUGGCACGGCCUACUGUGCCUCGACCAUUGUUCCAGAGUCUCAGAGACGUGGAUCCUCUCAAGAGACCUUCCUCAAUGCAGCUAUCGCCCAGGGCCGGACCAACCUCAAGGUCUUCAGCUUGUCAAUGGCCAAGAAGAUCUUGUUUGACUCCAACAAGAGAGCCACGGGUGUUCAGGUCGCUGCAGCUGGCCUUCUUCCUUUCGUCCUCAGCGCCCGUAAGGAAGUGAUCGUCUCGGCUGGUGCUUUCCAGAGCCCUCAGCUUCUCAUGGUUUCGGGAAUUGGCCCAGCCGACCAGCUCAAGCCUUUGGGCAUCCCGAUCAUCAAGGAGAACCCAAAUGUGGGCCAGAACAUGUGGGACCAUGUUUUCGCUGGCCCAACCUACCRGAUGGCCAUGGAGACCUUCACCAAAUUGGCCAAUGAGCCUACAUAUCUCGCGGAGAAGGGUGUUGAAUACUUCGGAAACCAGUCCGGACCUCUUACCAACCCUGUGUCUGACUUCUUGGGCUGGGAGAAGCUCCCCUUUUCUGACUACGCCCAGCUCUCUACCAGGGCUAAGAUCGCUCUUGCUCAGUUCCCUGCCGACUGGCCGGAGCUGGAGUACAUCAGCGGAGCAGGUUACGUUGGUGACUUUGCCGACCUUCUCCUGACUCAGCCUGAGAAAGGUUCUGGAAAGCAAUUCGGCACAAUCCUUUCCACUCUUGUGAAGCCGCUGUCGAGAGGCACUGUCAAGAUUACAUCUGCGGACACCAACGUGCUGCCCGACAUCAACCCCAACUGGCUCGCAGACCCCACGGACCAAGAGGUUGCAAUCAUCGCUUUCAAGCGCGCCCGUCAAGCUUUCCAUUCUGCUGCCAUGCAGAAGGGUGUUGUUGGCCCGGAGUUCUUCCCUGGAUCCAACACUGCCACCGACGAGCAGAUUCUCCAGAACUACCGUGAUACUUUGAUGACUGUCUGGCACGCAUCGUGCACAUGUAAGAUGGGCAGAGCCAACGACCCCACGGCCGUUGUAGACCCAAAGGCGAGAGUUAUUGGUGUCAAGAACCUCCGGGUCGUGGAUGCCAGUGCCUUCAACUUGCUGCCACCAGGGCAUCCGAUGUCAACCGUUUACGCUUUGGCUGAAAAGAUUGCACAAGAUAUUAAGAACGAUAACCAGUAG